AACGUGUCCAUCGUAGAAGCAUUACAGUACAGAAAUCGGAUACCGCCAUUUGUAAACUACAACGAUUAUCUCCCCUAGAUUUAAAUACACCAUUUUAUGCUAGAUGUCAAAUUUUCGGUAAAAAUCCAGAAGCUAAAUUCUACAUCAAUGGCAAUGACAUUAACAUCAUCUUGAUAAAACCACCAAGGAGGUGUACAUUAAAGGUUGGAUUGGUACCUUGCUUUCCUUAACUUUCUAAAACAGUAAUAAACAGAGAAAGACAACAUAAGAAAUACUUUUUUUGGUACCGGGUAUAUAUACAUUUAUAUAAGCAAGUUUGUUGCAUGUAAAAUUAGUACAAUAGAUAACUGUUUGCACACAGAAUGUUUGCAAAGAACUGUACUAAUUGAAGCUUCAUCAUGAGUUUAAUGAAUAAGGUUGCCUUCUACCCAACUCUCUUCUACAAUGUGGUGAUGGCCCAGGUGACUGGCAGGAACUGGUAUGAUAGAAUAGAUGAGACUGUUUUACUUGGAGCACUACCAUUCAGAGGAAUGACAAAAUGGUUAGUAGGAGAAGAGAAUGUUAAAGGCGUGAUAACACUGAAUGAGGAUUGGGAACUUGAGCAGUUUUGUAAUACCACUGAGGAAUGGGAGAAGGCUGGUGUAAAGCAGUUGAAGAUACCUACUGUAGAUUUUACUGCCAGUCCAAGUCAGGAAAAUAUUGGAAAGGCUGUUGCAUUUAUUGAGGAUUAUCGUAACAAAGAUUUAGGCAGCGUGUAUGUUCACUGUAAGGCUGGACGAACCCGUAGUGCAACCAUUGUAGCAUGCUAUCUAGUCAAAAUCCAUGGAUGGUCACCAGACAAGGCAGUGGAAUUUAUCCAGGAGAAAAGACCUCAUAUAUGGUUACGUGACAAACAACUUGAUUCCAUUAAUGUAUUUUCGAAGAUGUGCAAUAAUAAUAAUAAUAACCCACCAUCGGGUGCUUAACUUAUGUGUAGUAUGACAUUUAUAGUACAUUUAGUAUUAAUGGUUUAUCAGAAUAAAGUCUGUUACAGCUUGGCGACAUUUUUAGCUUGACUAUUUGAAGAACAGGGAGAGCUAUUGUGCUAACAAAGACAUUGGUGUUACACUUUGGUUUAAGUUUUUGCAUCCACAACAACUGAAGGGAAGAGGCUGAAUCUUCACACACUUAUUUUAGAUUAUAAUAGAUCGCUAUCCAAGGUCCUUAACCCUAAUUUGAAUUUUGACAGAAUUAUAGCCCUUUCAUUUAGAAAAUUCUACGUUGUUGAGGCUCUUAUAGAAUAGUCAAGCACACCAACCAAUAGCUCUUUUUAUUUUAAUUUUUCUUGCACUUUGGCAUGUAUUUCCAUGCAACAAAAUUAAGGAAUACAAUGCAAUAAAAUUAAGUUCCUUAAGUUCUUGUUCUUUUACUUUUGAAAUUCUUACACUACAUUUAAAAUAUAGUUAUACAUGUAAUAGUAUAUGUCUGAUGCAAACAAUUAUAAGUGAAUGUUUCAAUACAGGCCCCACCUCAGUCAAACAUUGUUAAAAGAAGAAAACUAAUUUUGAUAAUUCAGUUAUUUGCCACACCCAUGACGUGAUAUUCUACAGCAGUUGUUGUAGAUUAUCACGUCAUGGGUGUGGCAAUUUUACUACCAGAUUUUCAAUUUUCAGAGAUAUAAUUAAAGCUAAGAGGUACUUUGAAUGUGUAAAUGUGAUGAAAUUGAUCACUAGCAUAUUAUUUUUGUCCAGACAGUUUACUUGCUGACUUCUGACAACUUAAACUUAAGCCACAACAUUGUUUUAUUCUAAAGCUAACAGCUAGAGUUAAUGAAAAGUCAUCUUGACCUUUAACUAAUUUUGACUUUUAUGUUGGUCCUGAAAUUUUUUAUUCCAUGAUCUAAAAAGCUAGUGAUUGAAAUAUUACUUCAAUAAUCAAUAAUGACUUCACUGGAUAUCUCUAAUAUAAAUGGAAACAUUUAAAGUUGCUUGCCACCAGAAGAGCCACAAUAUUUUUAAAAAAUCAACUUUAGGAAAAAUGAACUUUGAAAAUAAAAACAAUAAAUGAUAUAGAAAAUAUUCAAAAUUGAUGUAAUGAUUUACAUGUUAUAUGCAAUGAAUGAAUGUUUUUUCCCCCAGUAAUUGUCACCAUAUUUCUACUGCAUGACAAAUGCAAUAAGGGCUAUUUUUGCGCAUUUUGACCUUUAUUUGGUAAUUUACUUGGAUUGAAUGUGCCAUUUGCAAUGUGUAAAUUACUUUCUUUGUUCACUUGACAAUAUUUUAUUUUUCAAUACAUUUUCAAAAUUUUCAAGAAAAUAAGCAUGAAUCCAGAGGCUUUAAGUGUGUUGGUACUUUUACUUUGCAAAAAUUUAACUGUUGGCUUAUCAGUAGCAUAAGUGGUGGCUAUGAAACACAGAUAUAUAAAUCUUUUUUGCUCAGGUUUUUAUUUAUUACAUUUUUAUUUAGGAUGGAUAUUAUUGCAAAUAUUUACAUACUUAGAAAUGAAGUGUAAAUUACAGGAAUGUCUUUCACAUGCUUUUUGUAUUACAUAAGUACCGUUGAAAUAAAUAAAGCAAAAAGA